AUGGAGUCGCUUCCCCGUGAGUUGAUCGAUGCUAUCCUCAAGCAAUGCGUCGCCUUGGGACCCCGAAAUCAUAUUCUGGACCUGCGCCUCGUUUGCAGGGCCUUCGACCGCUUUCUCAAACCCUACGCAUGCCGGACCCUUGCGCUCGAGUUCAGCCGUCUAAGCAAGAACAGCCGCCGCCGGCAACCUGAUGUCGACUCCCUCCAGACGAUCGGAUACCACUGCAAGUCCAUGUAUAUUGACCUGAUGGUCCUUCGCGAUGAAUUGGAAGUUGAAUUUCUGUCCACCAUAUUCGACAGCAUCCCCUCCAUGAAGCAGUUCGUCCAGACUCUACAGCGCGAAUACUGCAUGUCUCCGGCCUCCUUUACAACGCUAGAUUAUCGGCAAACGCUCGAAACGAUACUCUUCAACUGCCAGUUCGUCUCCUCUCUUCGCCUCAACCUACCUUUCCAGCUCGUUGGUCACCGCUGCAAUGCCGCGACGAUGAUCCUCGCGAAUACCUUUUCCGCCUUCUCUCGCCGCCCGGAGGACUCUCUGUCACUGAAGACGCUCGUUCUCGAAAAUGUCUCCGACCAAGCCAUUGUCGAUCUCUGGACCAACCCCUCCGACGUCCUCGCCAUCAUGCGCGCCAUCCUCCAUCUCGACCACAUGGUGCUCUCCUUCCGUCGCCAUGAGGUCGAUCCGCCCCGCGUGUCCUUCUACGGCACGUGUCUAUGGGAUCUCAUACACAAUGCGGAUGUCCUGAAAACACUAUGCCUAUCUGGUACCGACGACGACCGUCCACCACGAGGCCUGAAGCAAACAAAAGCAUGGAACAUGACUCUGGACGAGUGGCGGGCCCGCGCGCUGCCUCCCCCGCCAGUUACACUGGCCUUCCUGACGGCCCUCGAAUUGAAGCGCGUCGAGAUCACCCCGUUUUUCCUACGCUGCGCCGCUCGCAAUUUCGGCGUGACCUUACGCGAGCUGUAUCUAAACGAGGUCUAUCUCAAAGCCGAGCAAGGGCAAAAUCUCAAUGAAGACUCGAAGCAGAUUCUCUGGAUUGGCCUACCGAACCAGCGCCCUGGCCUUCACGACGACUGGAUGGCUAUGAUUGUGCGCGAAUCUUGUCCCAAGCUCGAAAUUUGCAGAGCCUCCUUCCUAGGCUACGACCUCUACACCCGUGACGACUUGCCGCCCUCGCCCGCCCCAUCGUCCCCAGACUUCGAUUUUAUUGAUCCCUGCGGGCUGGGCCGCUCGAUCGCGCAACGCUUUGUCGAGGUCGCCCUUGGCUACCACCAGCCGCCACAGUCCGACGGCAGCCCCGUAUGCUACCUCCCGGUACUGGAAUCCAACGACUACCUCCUUACCCAGAUGCGACCCCGCACCCGUGCGCUGCGGGUCACGGAGUACGACGUGAACGCCUACCAAACAGCCGUACGCAAUGGCACCAGCAGUUGGCAGCGCAGCAUCGAUGGCGUGUUUCCGAAUUGCAACAGCGGUACGCUAGAGGAACUUCAUUACAUCGCCGAAACGGCGUGUCAGGGCAUGAACGAAAUUCAGCGGCAGCGUAACGAGCACAUGGGCCAGGGAGAUGAGGGCGGCGGUGGGGAGGCCGGCAAUGGCGCCAACGGUGGUGGUGGUGGAAACUUGGCGGAAAACCUCCUGAAUUUGAACUUUGCAGAGGAGUGA